AACAAACACCGUCAAACGACCGUCAAAUGAUUCGCGUUGGAAAAAAUUUUUAAAGUCGAAAUAAGGGGGCUAAGUCUAAGUACCCCGCGCAAGGGAGUGAAGAGCGAAGAGAUUUUAUUGAUACCAACUUUUUUCCGAAGAGAUAGAACCGAUAGAGCAAACCGCUGUACCAAUGAUCAACGGUAAUAAAAUAAGGAUUAAAAGAAUACAAAUAAAUAGUAAUGCUCAAACAGCAGUCAUUAUAAUAAUUAUAUAAGUAUGAAUUUAGCUGAUAACAAAAGCUCCAAAGAUGUGAUUGAUUUACAACUGAAAGAUUUUGUCGAAGUCGUGUCGACAAAUCAGCGUUUCCAGAAUCUAGCAUACAAUUUGACUGACAUUUGUUGGGAAACUUGUAUGGACAAACUGACCCCUCGCUUGGAAUCCAAGACUAAAGAGUGUGUUACAAAUUGCGUUGAACGUUUCAUUGAUACAACAAAUUUUAUAACGAACAGACUAUCAAGAGUGACCACCAGCUCAAAAAACAACUGGGACUAAGGAAA